AUGGCACGUAAAUUGAAGGGUAAACACACCACAUCUAAGGGCCUUAAGGGAUCCCUAGCGAGACUCAAAGUACAAGAACAACUCAAUGCUAAAGCUGUAAAGACUGCUGAAAUUGAGAAGCAAAACCAAUUGAAUAAACAAAAGUCGUUAACGAAGAAGCAGAGAAAGAAUAAUGCCAAACAAGCCGCGACAGUAAGGGGGUUUAUGCCAUUUAAGGUAGAUGAUACUGUAUUGCUUAUUGGAGAAGGUGAUUUUUCAUUUGCAAAGUCGUUGGUAACUCAAAAUUUUAUCCUUCCAGAAAACUUGGUUGCCACAAGUUACGAUUCACUCGAUGAAGUUAAACAGAAAUACCCCGGUGCUGAAGAAACUCUAAAUCAAUUGGAAUCAGAUGGAGUACGAGUGGUGCAUGAAGUGGAUGCCACUGAUUUACCAAAAACCUUACAUUUAACACUCAAUGCCAAACAACGUCGCGGAAAUGAAAAAGUGAAGUUGUUUGACGAUGGACGACAAUUGCAGUAUAUUAUGUUUAAUUUCCCACAUACCGGAUUAGGAAUUAAAGAUCAAGAUCGAAAUAUUAAACGACAUCAGGAGUUGAUGGUGGCAUUUUUCCAAAACUGUAGUCGGGUGUUUGAUUUGGUGAAUGUAGGGAACAAAAAGCAUAAUGAUUUUGGGGGUUACAACGAUGACGAUGAUCAAAAUGGGAGAAUUCUAGUCAGUCUCUUUGAAGGAGAGCCAUACAACUCAUGGGGAAUCAAAGCGCUUGCCAAGAGUGAAGAAUACAAGGUGGAGCAGUCGGGUCGUUUUGAAUGGACCAUGUUUCCUGGAUAUCAUCACAAACGAACAAACAGCAUUAAAGAUACAACAAAACCGGCCAAUGAGAGAGAUGCGAGACUAUACAAAUUUGAAAAGUGGACCAAUCGAAAGAAAAAAGAGAAGGAUGACUCUGAUUCUGAUUAA